GCCUCUAUUACGUAAGAUGCAAGUAGUGUAUCUCCACUCCGCCUCGCUCCAAGUCGGCACCGCGGUGGCCGCGGUCGCGACGAGGCCGUCAUGGAGCAGAUGUAUCGAUAUCUAUCAUACCCGGUAUAUACACGAAAGCUAUUAUGCGACAGCUGGUAUGCGACAGCUACCGCACAGCAGCCUACCAUGCAAAGUACGGGACGGCCUGACGGGGCGCAGAGGACACUAGCAUCGCUCGGUGCAUACAGAUAGGUAGGUAGGUACAUAGAUCGACAUAAACGCCUGCCCUCUCCGCUUGAAAAUGCUGGCGGGCUGCGAAGUUGUCGAUGUGAUGCUGCGACGUGGAAAACGGUAAAAGGAUGCCGUACCUAUACCUAGAUAAAUGCGACGCCUGGGUGUGUGCACUGCGAGCAACUCCGUGGCGGGCUAGGCGUGCCAGCAGGUUGACAGCCGUAGGCAGCUGUGCUCUCCCCACGCCUUCCGCCCGAAGAAAACCCGGUCACAACCCUAACAUAAUUUCCGGCCCUUACUACUUCAAUUUGUUCCCCUCGAGAAAUAUCGUUUCCUUCUCCAAGCUUCAUCAUCAAAGCAACUCAUCGACAGCCACCUUCGUAGUCGCCAGGAUGAGAGCCAAGUGGAGAAAGAAGAGAGUUCGUCGUCUUAAGCGGAAGAGGAGAAAGAUGCGCGCCCGCAGUAAACGCAUCACCACUACUCGAUCUCGGCACCCUCUCCACCACAGUAUAACGCGUCAUGACAAGGCAACAUUUCCCAUCGACAUGCUCGCACCCACCACAAUGACGGGCGGGACGGGAGGAUGGCUGGUCAAACACUUGUCGAGUGGACCUAUGGACCUAUGGUUGUGUUUAUGCAACUCAGAACUAGCAGAGCAGCGACUGCGGAAGUUCGUGACGAUUGCAUGAAGAAAUGGGCCGAUUUUCUAGUCAAUAGAAUUGCGAUUGUUGGCCCCACGCAAUGGUCACCACCGUGAACGUGAACCUCUAGCGUGGCAAGACCUCGAGCCGGGCAGCCGUCGUCGUCCCUCUAGGUAUCUCUCGCGCUGUGCACACGAGCUGAGUAAA